GUGAUCGGAAUGGUCUAGUCUGAUAAUUGUGUAAGACCGUAAUCGGACCGGUCCGGCUAUACCAAGGUCUACAUAACUAAAUUUGCUGAUCGGCGCUAUCUUGGCCUUUAUCUCCGCCGCAUUUGGACCGGAUGCUGCAAUCUUCUACUUUUAAUUACGUGUCUUCAUGCCCGUGGUAGUGCCUCUAACUAAUGUAGCACUCGCAACUAUUUUAGCGUUUUCCUUAGAUCUUCAGUUGGUUCAGGCAGUCAACAAAGUUAGAGCACACCGAGUCCGGGUCGAAGUCAGUCACGUUGAAGACCUUGAUACCCGGCUUCUUGAACACGUCGCCGUCGAAAGGGAUCGCGGCAUUAGUCAAGUUCGCAAGCUUCCAGAUAGCUGGGGGAUAGUAAAGUCCGCCCUUCUCACCGGAGUGCAAGUCGAGUUCAAAGGAGCGGACAGACUGAUGCUCCGCCUGAAUGCCAAGCUCGGGGUGCGAGUAGUAGAACUCUUUUGGGUUCGUGAUAUACUUCUCGAAAGCGGCGCACCCAGCGAGGUUGACCUCGCGAUGGUAGGAAUUUUGUGUGCCAACAGCUUGGAUGUGAUUGAUUCUCUUAUGAGAGGAAUUUCAUCGCACUUGGACGACUUGGCAGGCGAUGUGGAUGCAGUUUCUGAAUCACUAUCAAGUUUUGCUAGUGUCUUGGUGAAAACUGCUCGUACGCGCAAGGAGCAUCGAGCUCGCAGAUACCUGCUCUAUUUAGCUUUGACUUUGGCAUACUGGCUCAAUAGUCCUACCAUUGAGCCGAGUAUUUUGUUUGUCUCUUGAAUCGAAUUGGUAAAUGGCUGCGCUGUAGACAAAAAAAGCAAAGCAAGAAGCAAGAAUGCGUGCUUUAUGUAAACGAUCAUUGUUAUACCGGA